ACGAGGAGGCGGUGCGGCAGAGCAACGUCCGCUAAACACAAGGAAACGCGUAACGUUCGCAGCGCGUUCGACCGCCUCUCCAGCGAUUUUCCUGCAGACUCGUUUAGUCUGUGCGAGAAAGGACCGUCAAAACCUCGCUGCCGUUGCUCCUCAGCAGAGCGCGCGCGCCCGCGCCAAUUUGAACGUGCCCGUUGACCUCUGUGACGUCAGAGCGCAGCUGUUGAGUGGCCCGUCCGCUCGCUCUUGAGUCUUUGUGAGCAUGUAGCGGUGCGAUGGCCUCGUCAGAGCCGCCCCGCCUGGGUCGGAAGCGGCCGCUGCCGCCGUGUCCGAACCCGCUGUUCGUCCGCUGGCUCAGCGAGCUGAGGGACCAGGCGGCCGAGAGGGGGCUCAAGACCCAGUACGUCUACCAGAAGGCCCUUCGUUCCUUGAAGAAGUAUCCCCUUCCUCUGAAAAAUGGCCGAGAGGCCAAGAUCCUGCAGAACUUCGGUGAUGGUAUCUGCAAGUUUCUGGACGAUCGCCUGCAGAAGUACUACAGAGAGCACGGUGUGGAUGCCCCUAUUCAUUCCCUUCCAGACGGGGGUGUUCCCUCUCACAGGGAGGUUCGCAACCAGGAUCCAAGCAAUCUGCCCUCUGAACCUGACAAGGAGUCCCCAGGGGAGGGAGCUGUAGAAAUGGCUUGUCAUCACAGGCACGAUUGCAAGUCUCAUUCAAAAGCAAGCAGAACCGAGGUGACUCAGUACACGCAGAGAGACAGAAGGAAGCAGAUAGGCGGCAGAAAGGGGAGGCAGUAUGUUCCACAGAAGCGCUCUGGAGGUUAUGCUGUUCUCCUCACUCUGUACAGACACUGUCAGGUUCCAGGGAACAAAGGGUUCAUGUUUAAGACGGAGCUACAGAGAGAAGCACAGCACCUAUGCGACACGUCUUUCACAGUGCCCAAUAUGGGCAGCAAAUACACUGCUUGGUCAUCAGUAAGCACCCUUAUUCAGAAAGAUCUGCUGUUGAAGACUCACAGUCCAGCCAGGUACUCGCUGACCGAGCUAGGCCUGGCCUUGGCAGAGCGACUGGAGGCCAGCGAGAGCACAGGCAAUGAAGAACUUAAAACUGGCAGAACCUGGGUGGAGGGAAAAGAGGAUGCGCGAGUUAUGGUUGAUCUGACCGAGGAAGAGUCAGAGGAGGAGAACAGCACUACAGAGAGGCCAACCCCCCCCGUGUCUACAGCUCAAGAAAAGCUAGUGGAGCCUGGGACAAGUAUCUUGGGGAAGGUCCAGGCUGCAGGCUCCGAAGUACAGGUGGCAGCUGGUAGCCUUCUGCCGGGCUGCUAUGAUGUUAUACUUUGUGUGGACUUCAUUGAGACAACGGGGGGCAACACAGCUCGUAAGCAGGAGCUAGUCAAAGAGCUUCAAAGGAAUGGGGUGCCCUUUGACAUCAGGAAGCUGAAUGUGGGGGACUUCCUGUGGGUGGCCAGAGAGAAAGUGACUCCUGUACCAGGACAGCUGCGGCCACCGCCUGCGAGAGAACUGGUCCUGGAUUACAUCAUUGAGAGGAAAAGGAUAGACGACCUGUGUGGCAGCAUCACUGAUGGCCGCUUCAGGGAGCAGAAGUUCCGCCUGAAGAGGUGCGGCCUGAGGCACCCCAUUUACCUGGUGGAGGAGUGCGGAUCUGCUGGCGCUCAUCUGAGCUUACCUGAAAGCACGCUGCAGCAGGCCAUUGUCAACACGCAGGUGGUAGAUGGCUUUUUUGUGAAGAGGGUCCAGGACGUGAAGGAAUCAGCAGCAUAUCUGACUGUCAUGACAAGGUACCUGCAGAAACUGUACCAGAACAAGACUCUGGUCUGUCGUUCAAAGGAGGAUCUGGAGGGGCAGGGAGGCAAUGAGAGGGUGUGCGCAGUGAAGGAGAGAGAGAACCCCUCCUGCUCCCUGCUCUCCUUUGCUGAGUUCAACCAGGGAGCUGUCAAAAAUAAGUGCCAGACGGUGAGGGAGGUCUUUGCCAGGCAGCUCAUGCAGAUCAGUGGGGUGUCUGGUGACAAGGCCACCGCCAUCCUGGAGCACUACGGCACUGUGAGCAGCCUGAUAGAAGCCUAUCAGCAGUGCCCAAGUGACACGGACAGGGAAAAGCUGCUCUCUUGUGUCCGAUACGGAAAGCUGAAAAGGAAUCUUGGACCAGCACUGAGCCGCACAAUUUACCAGCUUUACUGGACCCAAGGGCCUUUGUCUUAGUGCCACAAACCUCAUUUGUCACACCUAGCACAUCUCACUCUGACUCUGUCCCUUGGCACUGCAGAGAAAUUUUAUUAAUGCAGUUUGUUGUAAUAGUAAUUUCUGUAUCAUGUGUUUUUAAUAAUAAACGAUUGUGGUAAA